AUGCAAGCUUCCUUGACGACUUUGGCUCUUCUCUCCGUGGUGGCUGUCCAACCUGCAUUUGGGCAGCACGGAUGCUACAUUGAUGGAACCGAAAUGUACAUCGGGUAUAUCCCGGUAGACGUCGAAUUGCAGUGCUGCAGAGACACGGGCGAGCUCUACGGAUAUCGGGAAGGAUUGCUUCAUCAAAAGACGUCCAGUGAGCUCAGGGACAGCCUCGAAGAAUGUGCAGCCUCGAUUGAAGAAGACAUGAUGUGGAACUUGGACCAUCACUGCAACUCGGAUUACACCUCAUGCAACAUCGAUUACCACAGUUUCACGUGCGACGACGACGUGAUGAAACUAUGUCGAAGAAAGGGCGGCAAAGUCGUUGAAGGGGAUAUGGUAUUCAGGUGCAGCUCCUACGGUCAGACAUCCCGGCUCAAGUUCCUGAACAAAGUUGAUUGCAUUGCUGCAUCGUGCGAUGAAGAGGAGCUUUACACGAUGUUCGAAGCCGCUGGCAGCGCUAUUGGCUGUGAGGUUUCAUCCAUUGGAGACGUCAAGGUGGAUGGAAAGACCACUUCCUUUUCUUGGAGCGCCAGUGGUUCGUCGGGUUCGUCUGGAAAGAUUUGGGGAAUUCUAGGAGCUGCAUUCGCAGUCCUUGCUGUGGGAGCCAUCAUUUGGAAGAUUCAUUCCGAGAAAGUUGAGGCCAAGACUCGCGAAGCCAAGAAACCUGGGGACUUGGAACUCCCUGAAGUGUCCGCCACUGCUGGUUCAGCAGAAAGCGCCGAUGCAUUAGUCAAGUCAAGCCAAGUACCGGUAUCCAUGAAGGCGGCAGCAGAGUCUGAUUGCCUUGAGAAGGUGCUAAUAAAAAAAUACCGGAUGACGUGGGUUGAUGCUAGAAACGUCCUGAGCAGAGCCAAGGCAGCUCUGGGUGGGUCGGUCGAUAGGAAUGUACUUCUCGAAGCUGCGUACCAAAUCUAUCAGAAUGACAAAGCAAUCUCUAAGUGCAGCGAUGGGACAGUAAUUCAGGCUUAG